CGGGGCCUCUGGCCCUUUGCCUCCGCUACGGGGGGCGGCGGCCCCGAGGCAGCAGGCGCUGAGCAGUCUUUGGUGCGGUCUCGAGCCCGAGCGGUGCCCCCCUUCGUGUUCACGCGCCGCGGAUCCAUGUUCUAUGAUGAAGAUGGGGACCUGGCUCACGAGUUCUACGAGGAGACAAUCGUCACCAAGAAUGGACAGAAACGAGCCAAGCUGAGGCGGGUACAUAAGAAUCUGAUUCCUCAGGGCAUCGUGAAGCUGGAUCCCCCCCGAAUCCACGUGGAUUUCCCUGUGAUCCUCUAUGAAGUGUGAGCCUGUGGCAUGGCAGACACAAGCACCCACUGCCCCAGCAAGAAACUCCCAGGCUCAAGGUGUAGCUUCCAUUCAGGAGUCCAGGCUGGUGCCACAACCCUGAAUAAACUAAACUCCAUUGGCCCAGAACCUUCAGUCGUAAAAGGGGCCGUCUCUCAGUGUUAACUGGUAUUGGUUGGUCUGAACAAUAAGUGGUUGGUGGCUGGUGAGGGCUAAUGGCAGAAUUAGCAGCCCGUUUACCCCAGCCACUUCUGCAAGAAGCAUGGCAGGACAUAUGCUGGUCAGGAAUGCCUGGUUCCUAGUUACUUGCCUGACCUGCUUUCUUCCAAGCUUGCCUAGGGCCCAGCCUUCCUAAAAGCUACAGCACUUUACAAGCAGAGUCUGCCUUCUUCCAGCCCCUGGGCUGUAGGGGCUGUACCCAAGUGGGAACUUCCUUCCCCUCACUUCCCUUACCCCUACCUAGUCAGAGCAUUUCAGCCGUUUGCUACCUCGAUUCCUCCUGUAUUGGAUAGAGACUGGGGAUAGUGCCAGCCUCAUUCUUCCUACCUGCCUGCCGCUUGUUCCCACUUGAAAGUGGACAGUUUACUGGCCAUUAAAUAAGAAUGGGGAUCAGUGUGGAAGGCUUCUCCUUUCACCCAGGGCUGGACUGAUCGCUAUGAUUUCAUCUAGUUGCCCCCUUCCAAGUUGAGAGGGUGCAGGCCGGGGUCAGGACAGGCUGUGGAAGCCUGUACCUGUGGGGACUUGCCCCAAACCACAUAUUCUGUCUAAACUCCCUUGUCUUUGUACCAGUCCCACCCAUCCCCAACUGUGGGGGAGGGGCUGCCUACCACCCAGUGGUGAGUAACUCACGGGGCUGGUGCCAAUAGCUAUGAGGAGUUCGUCACCCCUUCUCCUACAGUAUCUUCACCCCUUCAGGGUCAGUUAAGGGAAAGUACUGGAGCUCCUUGGUAAGGGUCAAAAGAAGGGAAAAAAAUACAUAAAAGGAGUAAUUAAAAUGUGAAGGUUUGUAAAUAGUCUAGACUACAAUAAUGUUGGGACAGAGUCUGGUUUCUAUUUAGAGAUGGCUUUAAAAUUUUUUCCUUAUUUGUGGAAGCUCUGGGCUUCUAGGAUGUGGGAAAUGGCUUGGGGAGGGUGGUCCCCAGCACAGGAAGUCUGUUGUGUUAUUUGUUCAAUUUCAAUAAAAUUAUUUGUAGACCCUGCA